AUUCCACCACACAAACCACUAGAAAUAAGAGAGAGAAACGCACACACAGAUUUUAGAGAGAGAGAGUGAACUUCAUAGCUCUUCUUCCCCCAUAUAUCUCCCCAUCCCAAAAGUGUUCUUAUUCUUUCCUUGAGCGCCAUGGCUUCUCAGAAGUAUGGUGCCUUCAAGAUCUUCUUCUUCUUCUUCUUCCUUGCCCUCAUCGGAACCGGAAUGGCAUUGCCGGAAAACAGGACGGCGAAGCACUCGUCUCCGUCGACAUCAUCAUCAGCCCAGAUCAACUCCAACUCCGUCCUUGUUGCCCUUCUCGACUCGCAUUACACUGAGCUCGCCGAGCUUGUUGAGAAGGCUCUCCUAUUACAGACCCUCGAAAAGGCUGUGAGUCAACACAAUAUCACCAUCUUCGCACCCAGAAAUGAAGCUCUGGAGCGCGAACUCGACCCCGAGUUCAAGCGAUUCCUCCUCGAACCCGGCAAUCUCAGGUCCCUCCAGAGCCUCUUGCUCUUUCAUAUUAUCCCGACUCGGAUUGGGUCGCACGAGUGGCCGAGUUCGCCCGCCGGCUCGACUCAUCACACCACGCUCUGCAACGAUCCUCUGCAUUUGACCAGUGAAGCUUCCGGAGAGAGAGUGGUGGAUCUGGCCAAGGUUAUUCGUCCAGACGACGUCGUCCGACCCGAUGGCGUGAUCCACGGGAUCGAACGCCUGUUGAUUCCCAAAUCGGUUGAGGAAGAUUUCAACCGUCGACGGAAUCUGCGGUCCAUCUCUGCCGUGCUGCCGGAGGGAGCUCCAGAGGUGGACCCCCGGACCCACCGGUUGAAGAAACCCGCGGCGCCUGUCCCCGCCGGCUCACCUCCGGUUCUGCCUAUAUUCGACGCGAUGGCUCCCGGACCGUCCCUAGCUCCGGCGCCUGCCCCUGGACCGGGAGGACCUCACAAACACUUCGACGGCGAGAGCCAAGUCAAAGACUUCAUCCAGACCUUACUGCAUUACGGCGGCUACAAUGAAAUGGCAGACAUUUUAGUGAAUCUGACGUCGCUCGCGACGGAGAUGGGGCGUUUGGUGUCGGAGGGGUAUGUGCUGACCGUUUUGGCUCCCAACGAUGAAGCCAUGGCAAAAUUGACCACUGACCAGUUGAGCGAACCGGGUGCGCCUGAGCAAAUAAUGUAUUACCAUCUGAUACCGGAGUACCAGACGGAGGAGAGCAUGUACAAUGCGGUUCGGAGAUUCGGGAAGGUCCGGUACGAUACCCUAAGGUUACCGCACAAGGUUGUGGCGGAGGAGGCAGAUGGGUCGGUUAAAUUCGGUCAAGGGGACUUGUCCGCGUAUUUGUUCGAUCCCGAUAUAUACACGGACGGCAGGAUUUCGGUUCAAGGGAUUGAUGGGGUGCUUUUUCCGACGGAGGAGUCCGUACCGGCGACGAAACUCUCUCCGGUUGCUAAGGUUGUUGCGAAGCCGCGGAGAGGCAAAUUGAUGGAAGUAGCAUGUAAUAUGCUGGGAACGUUCGGACAUUUCACUAGCUGUCAGUGACAAUUCAUACUACAUAGGAAAAUCCCAAAAGAAAGAAAAAUGAAACACAGAAAUGGAGAAAAAAGUUACCUUGUAGAUGACUGUCUAUUCUACUGCACGGCUAGAUAAAUGGAAGGAUGCUUGCACUCUCAGCAGAAAGUUUUUCGAUGUUAUUUUGUUAUAAAUACUGUAAUUACAUGUCAUUUUUCGAUGUAUCUAUUUUGCUUCGUCAACACUCAAUGCACAAAGAAAGGAUCAGCUCUAGUCAUGGGUGGUGUCUCUCUUUUUUGCCCCUGUUUGUGCAUGAAUUACUUUACUGGAGUCUCAAUAAUUUUCAUAUUCUUUAGGGAAUGUUCCAUCUCCAAAGCUCUAAUAAUUGAAUUCACAGUCCUUUUAUCUCAUAUGCUUGUAGACUGCAAUCUGUGUGUGUGUGUGUGAUACAAGGGACUGUCGGUGAAGUCAUUAUGGUUGUGGAGAUAGCAUCUCUGUUCUUUGUAUUACUAAAUUGUAACGUGUUGUGUGAAUGAAUGAAAAAGGACCUUCACUUGCUUUGGUGGUAUUUAUUUAUUUAA